AAUAAAUCCAAAGACAAUGGUGAUUAAAGUUUUAUCAAUUUUACUAAUAAUAAAAUCAAUGGAAAGUGAAGUGGACUCACAAGGAUUUUUUAAUAAUCAUGUCCUGUUGUUCCAAAGUCCGAGGAUCAGAAGUCGAAUUGACGAAAAAGUUCAACAUAAAUAUUCUGAAAGAUCAAACUUUUUCUGUGAUUUACGGUACGGUGCAAGAUCUCAUACAGUUCCAAAAGAUAUUCAUAAACUGACACCUGGCGAUAUUGACGUAGUUGCUGCACUUGGUGACUCACUGACUGUUGGACUCAAUGCAAAUGCAAGAAAUUUAUUCCAUAUUGGAAGUGAGGAUCGAGGAGUGUCAUGGAGUAUUGGUGGACAGGACACAUGGAGGCAAAUUCUGACACUUCCAAAUAUUUUAAAAGCUUACAAUCCAAAGCUUUAUGGAUAUUCAUUAAAUGACUCACCAAAAGGAACUUCUGGAUUCAAUUUUGCUGUGACUAGUUCCAUGAGUUCUCAGACAGUCAAUCAAGCCAAACAUUUAGUAACAAGAAUGAUAAACGAUAGAAACGUGGAUGUCCAGAAGCAAUGGAAGUUGAUCACUUAUAUGACUGGCGCUAAUGACUUUUGUAGUGGAAUAUGCAGGCAGCAUGAUACAAACGUGAUACUCAAUAAUGCCGCAAGAGAUUUAAUUACUACUUUAAGAAUUUUAAAAGCUUAUUUACCAAGAACCUUAGUCAAUGUUGUUUUCCCGCCAAAUGUGAACAUUCUUACGAAACUUAAAAAUGCUCCUCUUAAGUGCGGAAUAAUCCAUACAUUCGCAUGUCCCUGCUUAUUUAAUCCAACAUAUGCAUCGCAAAGAGAACGCAUACUUAGAACAAUUAAGUUAUGGAAAGAAAGGAUUGUGGAGGUGGUUCAGCUGCCUGAAUUUCAUGAUUCUGAGGAAUUCGAGGUCAACGUCCAUCCAUUCUUAGACAAAGCUGAUCUACCAAGACUUCAGAAUGGAAACACAGAUAUGAGCUAUUUAUCACCAGACUGCUUCCAUUUCACCCCAAAAGGUCAUGCUCUAUUAACAAAUGCUCUUUGGAAUUCUAUGUUGACCCCAGAGAAUCAUCGAUCACGUUCUUUACGAAAAGAAUUUGAAGACUUCAAAUGUCCAACUGCAUCAUUGCCGUAUUUAGCUACAUCCAAAAAUAUUUGGCAAAAUUAAUGCCGCAAAUAAAUAAACAACCGAAAAUAAACAAAAUACAAAAAACUCGAUAUUCGCAGUCAAGCUCAAGGUCGUCAGCAUUUGCCGAAGCCGUUACUACUAGAUAGUGUAUAUGACGUUAGAUGAUUAAGCCUGUGACAUUGUACAAUGGAUUCACAUAAAUUUUUGAAUAAAAUUUUAGAGGCGUUUCCGAUUUAGUUUUUAAGGAAGCUCGCUAGUGAUAAAUUUUUG